CAGAGACACUGGGGAGAGUGGGUGGGGAGGCCCAGAGGGGCCGGAGAGACGGGACCCAGACAGACAGAGAGUGGGGAGCAGGCGGGAAGCAGAGUGUGGGGACACCCCCAGAGUUGGUGACAGAAGAGUGGGACAGUGUGGGGACAGGGGAGAGGGGCCAGCGACCCACAGAGACAGGGCAGGGAGGAGUCCCACCCCAGAGACCCAAAGGCAAGACAGAGACAGGGAGUAGGGGGAGGGAGAAGGAGACAAAGACACGUGAAGAGAGACAAGAGAGAGAGGGAGCAGGAGAGAGGCAGAGAGACAGGUGCUGGUGUAGAAGGAAGGAGAGCCUGAGGCUGGCUGAAGAGAGGGCAGAGAGGGCGGGGCAGUAGGGCGAUCACCUGGGCAGGGCAGCGAGGAAUACUCCCAGAGCGUGGCAGGAGGGGGCACAGAGGCAGAGACACCUCCUGCUGGGCAGGCCCGGACAGUCGGGGGGGCUGAGGCUCACCUUCCAGCCCCUGGCUCUGCACAGCAAGAACCUGUGGGGCGCAGGGGGCUGGUUGCUCUCUGGGGAACCCUGACCCGGGGGUUCUGCCCAAGGGCCACUCCACCCCAGGCAGCCCUGACAUGGAGCCCAGGGCCUCCGAGACCCCUGAGGAUGGGGACCCAGAGGAGGACACAGCCACAGCCCUCCAGCGGCUGGUGGAGCUGACGGCCAGCAGGGUGACCCCGGUGAGGAGCCUCCGGGACCAGUACCACCUCAUCCGGAAGCUGGGCUCCGGCUCCUACGGCCGUGUUCUCCUCGCUCAGCCUCACCAGGGUGGCCCGGCUGUGGCUCUGAAGCUCCUGCGUCGGGACUCAGUCCUGAGAAACACCUUCCUGAGGGAGUUCUGUGUGGGCCGCUGCGUCUCCGCACACCCAGGCCUGCUGCAGACCCUGGCAGGACCCCUGCAGACCCCCCGCUAUUUUGCCUUCGCCCAGGAGUAUGCACCCUAUGGGGAUCUCAGCGGGAUGCUGCAGGAAAGGGGCCUCCCAGAGCUGCUGGUGAAGCGGGUGGUGGCCCAGCUGGCAGGAGCUCUGGACUUCCUCCACAGCCGGGGGCUGGUCCAUGCAGACGUCAAGCCGGACAAUGUGAUGGUCUUCGACCCGGUCUGCAGCCGUGUGGCCCUGGGAGACCUGGGUCUGACCCGGCCAGAGGGCAGCCCGACCCCUGCCCCACCAGCACCUCUGCCCACAGCACCACCUGAGCUCUGCCUCCUGCUACCACCUGACACCCUGCCUCUGCGGCCAGCUGUGGACUCCUGGGGCCUGGGGGUGCUUCUCUUCUGUGCUGCCACUGCCUGUUUCCCUUGGGACGUGGCACUAGCCCCUGACCCUGAGUUCGAGACCUUCGCUGGCUGGGUGACCACCAGGCCUCAGCCACCUCAGCCACCACCACCCUGGGACCAGUUUGCGCCCCCAGCCCUGGCCUUGCUCCAGGGGCUUCUGGACCUGAAUCCCGAGACGAGGAGCUCCCCACUGGCUGUCCUGGACUUCUUGGGGGACAACUGGGGGUUGCAGGGGAACAGAGAAGGUCCUGGGGUUUGGGGGAGCGUGUCCUAUAAGGAUGGAGAGGAGGGAGGCUCAAGCCUGGAGGAGUGGACAGAUGAGGAUGAUAAUGAUAAAAGUGGCGGGAGAACGGGGACAGAUGGGGGAGCUCCCUGACCAGGUGACAGGGACAGGUGGCCAGAGCCUGGGCCAAAGGCCCUUCCCCCAGCCCCUGGGGCCACCUGGAUGGAGAGACAGCUGCAGCUGGAAGGACAGAGAGGAACACGCUGCACUCUCCCUGUGGGACGCCGGGCUUGGCUGCACCACUCCUCUGCCAACGGGGACCCAGGAGUCCAGCUCCUGCUCCUCCUCUCUCAGACCCGGGGUCCAGGCUGCCAGCCCUCCCCCUCGAGAACACCUCCUUUUCCUUCUGUCCUGAGUGUGUCUUCUUGAAGGAAGAAGGCGCUUGUCCCCCUACCACCACCCUCCCCUGCCUGUGUGUUUCUGUACUCACAGGACACGCUGAAUGGGCAUCGUGGGGUUCUUUUCUUUUCUUUUUUCUGUCUUUACUUCUUCUUUCUGAGGA